AUGCUCACCUCACGCGCGACCUCGUUCACUGCCCGCCACCGCUCAGCGCACUUCAGAUUUGCUACCAUAUGCUACCACAAGACACGUUCCUUCCACGCUACCUGUUCAGUGAAAUUCAGCCGAGAGCAUGACAUAAUUGUCGUCGGUGCCGGCAUCGCCGGAGUCUGCACAAGCAUCGCAGCCGCAGAGAAAGGCGCCAAAGUCCUUCUCCUAGACGAUGCCCACGGCGGCGGAGCAUCAGCGCUCUCCGGAGGCGUAGUCUACGCCGGCGGGGGAACGCGACAACAAAGAGAGGCCGGCUACGGCCACGAUACCCCGGAGAACAUGCUCGCCUAUCUCAAGGAGGAAACGGGAGACGCAGUCGACGAAAAGACUCUCCGGCGCUUCUGCGACGAGAGCGUAGCGCGGCUCGAAUGGCUCGAAAAGCACGGUGCUCGGUUCGAGGCGUCGUUGUGUCCUUACAAGACCAGCUAUCCGACGAAUAAGCAUUAUCUCUACUUCUCCGGGAAUGAAAAAUCGCACCCGUUUGAUAAGGUGUCAAAGCCGGCGCCGAGGGGACACCGGAUGGUGCAGCCGGGGUUUUCUGGCUCUGCGCUGUGGCAGGCGCUCUUUGACUCAGCGAUCCGAUUAGGAGUCGACUUCAAGCCGGCAUCGAAGGUUCAGCAGGUUCUCUUUAACGAAAAGAGGGAUAAAGUCAAUGGAGUUGAGAUCAAGACGUUGCCGGAUACCAACUCGCUGUUCCAAAAGCAUAAGGGCCUCACGCAAAAGACGAAGAAAUUCCAGCUCAUGGCGUCCCAGCUAGCCGAUAUCUAUCACCGGAAGGCAAACGGAAUCUGGCAAAAGCACUCCAUCUCGCAAACCAUACACAGUGGAGGGGUGGUCUUGAGUGCCGGCGGCUUCGCUUUCAACCCUGAGAUGAGACAGAAACACCUCCCCGAGUUCUCUCAGGUCGCCCCGCUCGGCACGAAUGGUGAUGACGGAUCCGGUAUCAAGAUCGGGCAGGCAGCGGGAGGAUCCGUCUCAAACAUGAACAAUAUGUCUGCGUGGCGGUUCUUGUAUCCUCCAACGGCCCUGCUCGAGGGCGUUGCCGUAUCCCAGACUGGAGAGCGCAUGGGUGCAGAGGAUGUCUAUGGAGCUGCACUCAGCGACACUAUGAUACGGCACCAUGGGGGAAAAGGCUUCUUGGUCCUCGAUUCGGAUCAAUGGGCGAAAGCGAAGAAACAAGUGUUUCAGCAGACUAACAUGCCUCUCUUGAUUCAGAGACUGCAUUGGCUUUAUUGGGGUUAUAAGAAAGCUGGCUCUUUGGCUGCGCUCGCAGGCAAGUUCAAAAUCUCGGCCGACGGUCUAGGCUCGACAGUAAAGACCUACAACGAUGCGAUUGCUCGCGGACAAGAGGACCCGAUGCACAAGGAAGCAGAUUACUGCAGCCCGAUUUCGAAGGCUCCAUUCUAUGGCGUCGAUAUAUCUUGCCGCACUGAAGGGAUUCAAGCUGUCAAUGGACUAACGCUUGGCGGACUGCGCGUGGACGGCGAGACUGGGCUAGUCCUGGCCCAAGAUGGGAGCAAAAUCGAUGGGCUAUAUGCUGCUGGGCGAACUGCUGCCGGAGUAUGCGCCAACGGUUAUGUGAGCGGCCUGUCCCUUGCCGACGGCGUGUUUUCGGGGAAGAGAGCGGGCGAACAUGCUGCUCGAUGUGAGUAA